AUGUCCCCUCCGACGUUGAUGCCGACUACGGAUUUCUUCCCCGACAAUGUGAUACAGGACUGUAGACAGGAUACUGAGAGCCGGAAACGCAAGCGGCAAUCGGACAAUGAAGACGACUGCAGUCGACGUAAGAAGCCGGCGAACGAUGUGCAUAACCAACGGUUCCUGGCGAACGUCCGUGAACGUCAGCGGACUCAGUCUCUGAACGAGGGCUACGCGAGACUCCGUAGGAUCAUACCAACUCUUCCGUCCGACAAACUGUCGAAGAUUCAGACCUUGCGUCUAGCAACGCGAUACAUCCACUUCUUGGGCCAGCUCCUGGACGGUCAGAGUUCUGACGAGUACCCUGACACGUCGGUGUUCCUCCAGAACGAUAAACUGAGUUAUGCGUUCUCCGUUUGGCGAAUGGAAGGCGCCUCGUUAGAGAACACCGAAGUCAACAAUAACGAACCUCAUACAGAGUCUUUGAACGAAAGGGAUUCGCACCGGUUACACUUCUGUUGA